AUGACUGGCGGCGGCAAGUCCGGUGGCAAGGCGAGCGGUUCCAAGAACGCGCAAUCCCGUUCUUCGAAGGCUGGUCUCGCGUUCCCUGUCGGCCGUGUUCACCGUCUUCUCCGCAAGGGUAACUACGCCCAGCGUGUCGGCGCGGGUGCCCCAGUUUACCUGGCCGCUGUUCUCGAAUAUCUCGCGGCCGAAAUUCUUGAGUUGGCUGGCAACGCCGCCCGCGACAACAAGAAGACCCGUAUCAUUCCUCGCCAUCUCCAGCUCGCCAUCAGGAACGAUGAGGAGUUGAAUAAGCUCCUGGGUCACGUCACCAUCGCCCAGGGUGGUGUGCUUCCCAACAUUCACCAGAACCUUCUGCCGAAGAAGACGGGCAAGACUGGCAAGAACUUGUCUCAGGAGCUUUGA